AUGUGCAGCGCUUCGGUCCGUAUGAAUGCCAUUCCUGAGCUGAAUAGGUGGACUGAGAAGAGGAGCAUGUUUGGGGUUUAUGACAACAUAGGAAUUUUAGGUGACUUCAAAGCCCACCCUAAGGACCUGAUUGUCUGGGUGAAGGGUUUCCGUGGCAACGGGCUGCAGCGUCUGAUGAGGAAGAAGAGGAUGGUAGGAGACAGGAUGAUGACACAGGACAAACACGACAUGGAGAAGAGGAUCUGCUUCCUCUAUCGACACUUCAACCGCUUUGGGAAACAUCGCUGAUCUGGGACUGAGCGGUCUGGCUAACAAUGCUAAACUACUACUGUACUAACAACCUGCCCACUGGACCACAUUCAGACUCUAAAGAGAGAAAUGUGCACUACUCAGUUAUGCCACUUAGAUUUAUAUCAGCCUAAAUUAACACGCAAAACUGUAAAAUACAUGUUUUGAACCAUUAUGAACUCCUAGAAGUGGAAAUAUAUACAAAUGUGUGAUGCUCUAUGGUCUGUAAAUAUCACAUUGGGGACUAAUGUAAGUAUUGUUGUGGGUAUGAUAAUAAACAGAAACUUGUCAUUA